CCACGACCGAGGUACAUACUCCAGGGCUUCAGUUCAAGAAGCCACCUGCGUUCGCUACAACUGUCGCGACAUCUGCAACUGCGUCUGCAAUUUCGCAAAAAAAAGAUGGAUCAAAUAAUGGGCGGCGAGGGGGGUUUCCCGCUCGAGACAUGGUUCUGGGAGAUGCCCAUCUGCACGAGAUGGUGGACAACUGCGACAGUCCUGACCAGCGGCCUGGUGCAGUGCCAGCUCGUCACGCCGUUCCAGCUUUUCUAUAGCUACCGCACAGUAUUCCAAAAGUCAGAAUACUGGCGCCUCCUAACGACCUUCCUCUACUUCGGCCCCUUCUCCAUCGACCUCCUCUUCCACGUCUACUUCCUGCAGCGCUACGCGCGGCUCCUCGAGGAGUCGUCGGGCCGGUCAUCCGCCUACUUCUCGUGGCUGCUCGUGUACGCCAUGACCAGCCUGCUCCUCCUGUCGCCCUUCGUCUCGAUGCCCUUCCUCGGCCACCCGCUGUCGUCGACCCUGGUGUACAUCUGGUCGCGCCGCAACCCGGACACGCUUAUGAGCUUCCUGGGCCUGCUGGUCUUCCGUGCGCCCUACCUGCCGUGGGUCCUGAUGGGCAUCAGCUUCGUGUUGCACGGCACCAUCCCCAAGGACGAGUUCAUGGGCGUGAUCAUCGGCCACGUCUGGUACUUCUUCAACGAUGUUUACCCGCCCCUGCAUGGCGGAUCGCGCCCGCUGGACCCGCCCAUGUUUUGGCGCCGGUUGUUUGAGGGGCGACCCCGUGAUGAGACCGCCAACGGUAUCAACAACGAAAUCGCUGUCGCCGGGGCUGAGGUUCCACCGCCGGAAGUGCGGUGAGUCUGGAUGGCCAGGCAAGGGUGCGACGGUGUACGACAGUGUACAUGCUCGCGGGUAGGUGGACGUUUUCGACAUACAAUUCAAUUUCGGGGGGCUUGGCGUUGAAGGAGGUUCAAUACAUUACAGAGGGUAUUUUAUGAGCAUUGCAUACAACACUGGCGUUGGGGUUGGGUUUGGAGGGGGAUACCCUAAUCAGGGGAUUGGGGUAUUCAUCGGACAAU